GACACACUCCGCCUUCGACGUCACGCUAGUACAGCAAGUAUCAUGCUUCCUUCGUUCCCGCUCUUCAUUUGAAGUACAACAUGGACGCAGCGCAUCUUUUUACUUGUUUCGGAGCUUUGCCCCCUGAAUUACGACUGCAGAUAUGGACGGAAGCGCUUUCGGUGCCAUCUGUUUGGGCCGUGAAUCGUAAAGCACCCGAAACCAACAACGCCAACACGAGCCAUCUGCCCCUCAUCAUGAACCAUGUUGGUCCGGCUCCCUAUCUAGCAGGCCUCGCUUGCAAGGAGUCGCGGCGGCUAAUGGAACAAUUAUACGGAAAGCCCAUACAUAGACCAACGCACUCGGCGGCAAGUAGUGCGAUUCAUUGGAUCGAUCUGCAAAAAACGGUCGUCUCACUCGGGGACUACCGGUCCGCGGGGGCUUUGUUGGAUGCGUUCGCUUCCGAAGACUUGGCAAGAUUCCGGCAUGUUGUUCUACAGUCAUCACGGUUCUCUGAUAUGGCCAGGUUGUGCCAGCGCCUGGCCAACUCAUGCCCCGGGUUGUGUACGAUCAUCAUACACACGAACCACGCUGGCUGCCUUUUCACCGACCUUCCUUAUGAACCCUUGACCCAAGACAUGGGUGCACUUUUUGCCAACAUCCUAGAGGACCCGGCCGCCGACCUAGAUUGCAGCCACUACGAUAUCGUCCACUUUCGCAGUCUACUGCUGGGCUAUUUCGGCGACUCACCUCCGACGUUGCAUUUCGCCUCCCCACCCGGAGCGACUCGCCAAGACUGAUGUUGGUUCAGCCUUAGUUGUCGCGGCCUCUUCGUCACGUCUUGUUCGAUGCCGUUGGUUGGUUUUAUUGGUUAAGUUAUUUGCCACUUUGUUGGUUCAAUGUUGGGACCGAUAUCAGCGUAUCGCGGCUUGUCCCUGUAUCAUUCUCGAUUAGGAUAGAGGUGAUUGCAUAGGCCCCUUGGUUACACUACGGUCUCGAAUUUCGCUGGAAGCCAUGGCUCUUAAGGUCUGAAAAUGUUUGUUAUAUCAAUGAACGCGCAUGCUCUGUGUAACCUCUUAGAAUCAAUCUAGCAUCACUGCACCUCGCUUCACCGAUCACCAGUAACUAUCUACAGUCUAUCUAUCCAAAUAUUUUUAGUGUACUUUCUUUCUUUCGUUCGAGAUCAUGGCUGAGAGAAUUCUUCUUGAAAACGCUGCCUCUGAGGUUAUCAGCAUCCUGAAAGGCAUCCCGGAAUUUUCUCAUGCUCGAGUCGCCGUGAUUGGCGGGUUAGCGCUGUGGAAGUAUGUUCCUACUGGCAGGACCACUGAGGACGUCGACUUCAUUAUCAACAUCGACAGUGCUCCGCAUGGGAUUAAACAGAAGUUGCUUUCUCUUCCAAACUCACCCUUCAUUCAACAGGCACAGUUCUUCUAUUACAAGCAAGGAACAACUUUGGUGCAAGUUGACAUCACUCCCGGAUGGCAGUCCCCUUACAUGCCGGCUGCCGCCACAGAAAUCGGGAGAAUACCUCACGGUUCUGUUCCAUAUAUAUCACCUACGGACCUUAUUGUCUUCAAGAUCAACUCUUGCGGCUUGAGGGCUCAGGUGAACAAGAAACGUAUCGAUGCUUUGGAUGCGGUGACAUUGCUGGAACUCGAGACCAGAAAAGGGCCUUUGGCUCUCAACAGCGCCCAAAGAGCCGUUGUUGAGCAAUGUAUUGCAGACGUUGUGGCCCAUGGCCCCAAAAACGCUCAAUGGUGGAAGCAGCGUCUCGGUCUGCGUUGAUUUGAAUUCCGGGCUCUUGUACAAUGCAUAGCAUGAUCAUAGUGGAGUGUUUGCUGUUUAUUUGCUGUCUAUUUGCUGUCUGUAAAUUCGUUCUAGACUCCUUUGCCGCCGCAGUGUGCUGUGUACGGUCAAAGGCCACUGUGUUCAACCCUUGAGUAUCUUCAAUCAUAUCCUAAUGACUUUGUUCUCGUCAAAUCCUGCUGCCUGCGCGAAGUAAUAUCCUCGCUGAUUCGCAAUCAGCCUCAGGGGUUCUGUAUCGCCUUCCCUCUCGACGCUGAAAUCACAGUUGUAGUGCGUGUGACCAAAUGCCCAAAGCUUGACUCUGGCGCUUUUGAAGCAGUCUUCCUUUGAUAAAUCCGUGGCAAAACCACUGGUGAUGGGACUCUGUGCAUGCCUCGGGUCAGACGCCCGAGCAUCUCUCGUCGGACUCCAGUGUGAAAAGAUGAUGACUCUGGCCUCAGACGUUUCGAGCUCUGCGACUUGGGAAUUGAGCCAAGAAAGAUCUCGUUUGUGGGCUUCGUUAUGCGAGCUGAUUUCCCAAUCAUCGAUUUGGAAAAAGUCCUGGAGCCCCAUGCUGACCGAAUCGGCGCUUUCAGGCGGGAUGAAGGAGAAAAGGCUACAGCCUAAAAUAACGAUGUUGGAGUCUGGUACCUGGAACAUAGAGCGGUCGAGUAGUACAAAGUCUCCCAGUGACGAGUCCUUUUUUGCAGCUGCUUGAAAUUCCUGGAGAAUUCCGAGAAUGGAAUCCCACCUUGAGUGAUAGGCUUCAUGAUUUCCAGGGACGAAUAGAACAGCGCGAAAUUGCCGAAGCUGCUGUGUCAAGAAAGCGAGGCACUCCUCCUGGUGCGCAGCAACGUUUCCUAUGUCGCCAAGAAGGCCUAGGUAAGGUGCCUGUGGCACGAUUUCGAAAAUAUCGUAAGCUCUCGGGGACUCAAGAUGAAUGUCGGAAACUAUUUGAAUCGCCAUUCUGAGGAAGAGCGGGGGGUUCUCAAUUAUGGAAAAUUG